GGCACGCACAUACCUGCACUACCUCGCUCUUUCCUCCUCCUGCUUCUUUGCCUUUCCGCGCCCACCCAUGCCCUCUGUCCCCCUCCCGCCCUGGCAGCUGGCUCCCGUUUCAGACCGGGCUUGGGAUCCGGUUACACUGUGCUUCCCGGCCCCACUGCUCCUUCCCAAGGGGAUGUAAAAGGCAUCCAGAAACCUAACGCGCUGGAGGAAGCUCUACCAGCGGCUGGGGCUGCUCCUGCGGCGGCUGCAGCAUUAGCAGAGCCUGGGAGGUCCUGCUCGGAGGGAUCUGGCUUUGAGAGGCUUGAGCUGAAAUCGGCAAAGAGAGGACACGUCACUUUAGCGGCCGAACGGAUCGUGGCGUUGGGAUGAAAGCAGCGCGGCUCAAGCCAGCGGGACCCUUGAAGAGCCUGGGCUUUUCGGAGGAACACUGGAUGUUCUGAGCAGAAGGAAAAACUGGAUGUUCUGAGCUGAUCUAGCGAAAAUGGGACAAAUAAUUUGACAUCUCAAGCUUUUCUCAAAUGGAGGAAUUUUGAACAGGAGCCAUUAACAUCUAGAAGUGGCAGUCUUUUUCUCUGUGUAUCCUGGGGCAGAGGGAGGGGGGAAUGAAUUUCACAAACUGCACAACAGAAGCCAGCAUGGCUGUCAAACCCAAAACAGUCACUGAAAAGAUGCUUAUUACCCUGAUCUUGGCCUUAAUCACAAUUUUGACUAUGCUGCUGAACUCUGCUGUAAUUACUGCAAUUGGCACCACCAAGAAACUACACCAGCCUGCAAAUUACUUAAUAUGUUCACUAGCUCUGACAGAUCUGCUUGUUGCUCUUUUAGUCAUGCCCUUGAGUAUUACAUAUAUAGUGAUGGAUACGUGGACUCUGGGAUACUUCAUCUGUGAGAUAUGGCUUAGCGUUGACAUGACCUGCUGCACGUGUUCAAUUCUUCAUCUUUGCGUCAUUGCACUGGAUAGAUACUGGGCGAUCACAGAUGCUAUUGAAUACGCCAGGAAAAGAACAGUAAAAAGGGCCGGGCUUAUGAUAGUCUCUGUAUGGACUAUAUCCAUUUUCAUUUCGAUGCCACCUUUGUUUUGGAGAAAUCAUCACAGCGUCACUAUUCCCAGCGAGUGUCGCAUUCAACAUGAUCACGUGAUCUACACUAUUUACUCCACUUUUGGGGCAUUUUAUAUCCCCUUGAUGCUAAUACUGAUCCUCUAUUACAGAAUUUACCACGCUGCAAAGAGCCUAUACCAAAAACGGGGGUCAAGCCGCCACCUAAGCAACAGGAGCACGGACAGCCAAAAUUCUUUUGCCAGUUGUAAGCUCACGCAGACGUUCUGCGUGUCAGACUUCUCAACAUCUGACCCAACCAUGGAAUUUGAUAAAAUACAUGCGUCAGUGAGAAUUCCUCCUAUUGAUAAUGACCUGGAGCUGGCUGGUGACCGUCAGCAGAUUUCCAGUAUACGGGAACGAAAGGCCGCUCGCAUCCUGGGACUGAUCUUAGGGGCUUUCAUCUUGUCAUGGUUGCCAUUUUUCAUUAAGGAGCUUAUUGUGGGCCUGAGCAUUCACACGGUGUCUGCAGAAGUAGCUGACUUUUUGACAUGGCUUGGCUAUGUCAACUCCCUUAUCAACCCUCUGCUGUACACUAGUUUUAAUGACGAUUUUAAGCUGGCCUUUAAAAAGCUUAUUCGGUGUUGGGAAAAUUCUUAAAAGCACCUAAAGGUAGAUAUAACAUGACGCCCUGGCCUUAAGAAUGAGUAAAAUGAGCUGAAUUUGGCAACAUUUUGCUUGGUAAAGGGGAUUUUUGUGUUUGUCUUUAUGCUUGACUUCUCUUUGGCCUGUAACUUGUUUUGCUGUUUUCUACCUCUCGUGUUAUUAUGGUACAUAGUUCCAAACACAUAUUAUAUUGAGGCAAGAAUUCUUGAGAAAAUAAACCAAAAACCCCAAUUAUCCAUUCAUUUUUAAAAUAUCUUAUUUAAGCAACAAUUUAAAAAAUACAUAUUUAUAAAACAAAUGGUUGAUUUAACUUGCACUAUGACAUGAAGGC